AUGGAAGAUUUUAGCAAUGAUGAUAUCAAUUACUUUAUUGCAAAGUUAAGUGAAGACUGUUCAAAAUCAUUUUUUGAUAACUAUUAAGAUGAUUCCUAACUUUUGGGAAUGAGAUUGGAUGAAUAGUUAAUAAAAUAUAUUAGAGACAAAGAAGAGAUGAUGAAAACAAUGUUUGAUUUAUUAAAUUACAUUUUUAAAAAAUAGUAAAAAAUUCUUGCUGAUUAUGAAGAUCUGAAAAUUUAAGGUGAGCACAAUCUUUUGGUUUUGAAAUAAGAAAUAUAAUAAAAUCAAUAUUAAAUAGAACAAUUAUAAACUUUGAAUGAGGAAAAUUAGGAAAAAAAUUAGCAAUUUCUUGACUAGAUAGAAGAAUUAGAAAAUUAGUUACAACAAAAGAAAUCUGAAAUUUUAUAAAUCAAAAAAAAUGAAGGAAGAAUAAGCCAAAAUCAUUAAGUAUUUUAAUCCAAAUUAAUUUAAAAGGUUCAUGAAAUCAAAUUUCAAGAACAAAAAGAGUAAUUAUAGAGUCUCUAAGCUAAAGUACAAUAGCUUGAAAAAAAUAACAGUAGGUUUAAAAGCGAAGCCAUAGCCUCAUUUAAUUUAUUGAGAUAAUACGAAAUGAAAUAAAAGGAUUAUGAAGAUAAAAUUGAAAUUUUAGAAUUGCAAUUAAAAAGUAAUUAAAGAGAAAAAGAGAUAUUGUCUAAAUAAUAUGAGGAACUAUUCAAGAAUUAACAAUCGGAAAUUAUUACGUCUACUUAAAUUGACAUAACUAACAACUUUACUCACAACUCUCCUCAAAAAUCAACUCGAAAGAAUAGUAAUUAUUCGACCUAUAAUGAUCAUCAAACGAUUAAAAGGUUAAGGGGAUAGGGUGGUUAUUAGAAUUAGCCAAAAUUAGAAUAAAUCUAAAAAUAAAUAAAUAAUAUCCCUGAGUCUGAGAGCGAAUCUGAAGAUGACAAUUAAUUAAAUAGUGGAAAAACUUUAAAAUAGGAAAAGAACGAAAAAAAAAACAUUUAAAAAGAGUUGAAUAAUCUAAAAAUAAAAAUUGAAGAGUUAGAAAAAUAAAAGGCAGAAAUGGAAAAAGAAUUGUCUUAAAAUAAAGAAAUGAUCUCAAAUUAAGACACCAAAAUUAGAUAGUUAGAAACAAAUUAAAAAAAGAUGAAUCUAAAAUCAAAUUAGUUGGAGAAAAAGGUUAUAAAUUUAACAGAAGGUAAACUUAAUUAUUACUUUUAGAGAAAAAUGCCUUAGAAGAUUCUUACAAGUAAGAAAAAUCAUUAGAAUAAGAUUAAUUAAAGAAAUAGAGUGAAGAUUUUAUGA